GACUGACUCGGUGGUCUCCACAACCUCGUCAACACAGACAUUACCAUGGGGUUGAGCCAGUCGGCACCCAAGAUCACUGCUCAUGAUCGGGCGAUUCUCGAUCUCAAACUUCAGCGCGAUAAGCUAAAGCAGUACCAGAAGAAGAUACAAGUCGUUCUCGACCGCGAGCAUGAAAUCGCGAAAGCCCAUCUCGCUACCGGUCAGAAGGACCGUGCCGUCAUAGCCCUCCGAAGGCGCAAGUAUCAGCAGAGCUUGCUGUUGAAGACCGACAGUCAAUUAGAGAACUUGGAACAAUUAGUGUCAACCAUCGAGUUUUCGUUGGUCGAGGUUUCCGUCCUUCACGGUCUCAAGCAAGGAAAUGAAGUUCUUCAAGAAAUUCAUCGCGAGAUGAGUAUUGAGAGCGUUGAGAAGCUCAUGGAUGAGACGCAAGAAGCGAGAGAGUAUCAGCGAGAAAUCGGUGAUUUGCUGGCGAACCGAUUAACACAUGAUGAGGAGGACUCCGUCCAAGCGGAGCUCUUGGCAUUACAAGGGGAAGCGCUUGGACAAGCUGAACCUAAAGUGCACCUGGGUUUGCCAUCUCCACCUAGGUCGUUGCCGCUUGUUUCAGAAGAAGCCCAGCAAGUACCCCAAGAGACUAAGAGGGAGCGAGUUCCCUUACCUGGUUAGCACCUGCUAUUUAGCACGCAGUAUCGCAGAGAUUUUUAUUUUGGCAUUACUCAUAUCCUCAUUCGUGGCUAGGCCUUCUCCAGACAUUUACAGAUACUACGACACUACAGUAGGAUGGCAGUUAAUGAUACA